AUGUCCCUCACCGAACCAAUCACUGCCGACACCGAAGAGAAACUGCUGGCAGAUCUCGAAGCCAGCAAAACCCUCCCUCUAUGGAAACAGAUGACCCGACUGAACCCUCCCUCCCCAAACCCAACCACCAUCCCCAAUGUCUGGAAAUACAAGUCCAUCCGUCCGAAUCUCGAGCGCGCGGGCAAUCUGGUCCCGGAAUCGCAGGCUGAGCGCCGUGUCUUGAUGCUCGUUAACCCCGCCCGAGGCACGUCUACCGUACCAGAACCUCCAAAAUACGCCCCAUACACAACAGACACCCUCUACGCCGGCCUACAACUCGUCAUGCCGAAUGAAACAGCCCGCGCCCACCGGCACACGGCCUUCGCGAUGCGCUUCAUCAUCGAGGGAAAAGGCGGCUUUACGGCCGUACAUGGGAAGCGCAUUACCAUGCAACGAGGUGAUGUGAUCCUCACCCCGACCUGGAAUUAUCAUGACCAUGGUAAAGACGGGUCCGGGCCCAUGGUUUGGUUGGAUGGGCUCGAUCUGCCGAGUUUUACACACUUCCCUGUGCAUUUUGCGCAGCAUUUUGAUCUGCCGCGGUAUCCGGCCGCGGAUGUGGAGAGUGCGGAUUCGCCGUUGGUUUUCGCCUGGAAUGAUAUGAAGGCACGGUUGGAUGCGAUGCCCGGGGAGUGGGCUUGUUGUCGGUAUUUGAGAGAUGGGCGCGAAGUGAGCCGCGUGCUCGGGGGAUGCGCUGAGCGGCUCUCAGCCGGUGCGUCUGCACCGUCCCGUCGUGAGACGACCUCCGCCGUUUACCAUGUUGUGGCUGGGCGUGGGCGCUCGGUCAUCAACGGGCAGGUGUAUAAGUGGGAGGAGGGCGAUACGUUUUGCGUGCCGGCGUGGUACAGGUAUCAGCAUCUGGCCGAUGGGGCGGUGUACCUGUAUCGUUUUGAUGAUCGGCCGAUGAUUGAGGCGUUGGGGUUUUAUCGUGAGGAGGAUAUGGAUGUUGAGGGGCUGGUUUCUGAAUAG